ACAGUUUUCAGAAUGACUUCCGUGGUUGAUGUGCCCCUGGAUUAUGAAAAGAUGUUUGCUCAUCGAUUCACAUCAGAGGAUGAAGAAUACCAAGAAUAUCUGAAACGCCCUACAGAUCCUCCUCCUAUAGUUGAAGAAUGGAGAAACAGAUCUGGUGGCAACCAGAGAAACAGAGACCGGUUUCAAGAUGGCAGAUACUUUAGAGGGGACAGAUACAACUGGCAAGGUGACUAUAGAUCUAAUCAGAGACCAGAGAGAAGUUGGGGUAAUAACUACCAGCAGCACAGACAAGGACAAUCGUACUCCUCCCACUACGGACAAUAUGGCUACAACUCCUACAACCCAGGGCCUCGUUACCAUCCCUACUAAUGAUGUACUAACGAGUGAGUUGAAAGUCCAGCAAUGCUGUGUAA